CUUCAACGUAUUUUUUCUUAACCAAUCAAUGUUCUUGUUAGAGUGAGUGGGCGGAACCAUCUUUUUACGGAAAUGUGUGCAUGUCCUUGAUUAUGAAGUAACGUGGAGAGGAAUAAGCUUCAUCUGAUGGUGUAAUUUGUCGCUUAUCCAAUUCAAAGGCGUGUGUCAACACCAGCUCAGUGACCAUGCCUCUCCACAAGUACCCCCCCAAAAUCUGGGAAGCCAUGAAACUGAAGCAGGGGAUCUAUGCCCGCCUCCCCAAACACUACCUCCGCUCUCUGGAGGAGACCACGCAGCCCACCCCGGUCCACUGGAAGGCCCUGGGAAUCAAGUACAGGGCCAACCCCAAAACAGGGCACAAGGAGCGGGUACAAGACGUCCCCAUCCCCAUCUACUACCCCCCAGAGUCCCAGGAUGGCCUAUGGGGAGGUGAGGGAUGGAUAUCAGGCUUCAGAUAUGCCAACAAUGACAAACUCUCCACCAGGCUGGAAAGAGUCUGGAAGCCACAGCUGUUCACCAGAGAGUUGUACAGUGAGAUCCUCAACCACAAAUUCACCAUCACCGUAACGGCUCGCGCACUAGACCUCAUUGAUGCUGCCUAUGGCUUUGACUACUACAUCCUGAGGACACCAAAGGAGGACCUGAACUCCAAGCUAGGAAUGGACCUGAGGCGGGCCAUGCUCCUGAGGCUGGCCUUUAAAGACACCCAGCUCUACCCAGAGGACCCUGCCAAGAGGGAGAACAUCUACACCAAGUACAAACAGCAGUUUGAGAUCCCUGCAGAGGAGGCUGAGUGGGUUGGCCUGAGUGUGGAUGAGGCUGUGGAGAAACAGAGACAACUGGAGCACAAGGAGCCGGAGCCUCUGUUCAAGAGCUGUGUGGAGAACCUGGUGAAGGAGCUGGCCAUCCAGAAACUCUCUGAACCACAGCUGGUGGAGAAGAAGUAAGGGUCAUUUUCUGAGGAGCACUAAGGUCACUUAAUGUUGACAGUGACACUUCGUCCCAUUGAAAGACACUUAUUUAUUCAGGUUCUAUUUUUCAGCAGCAAAUUUGGACAUAUCUCCAUCUGGGUUGUUACGAUGUAAAUAUUCCCCAUUCCUCUGUUUGAUAGUGAGACUUUCCUUGAUCAGUGAUAUCUCAUUUGUCUGAGGAAUAAAAUGUUCACAUUU